AUGCAGGCGUCGGUUGCGACCCGCUCACCGUACCUCUCAUUGCCGUCGCGGCCCAGAUUCGCAUCUGGAGCUCGCCUCGCACGACCGCCGGCAGUCAACGCUAGAAUCGUCGUCAAUGCUCGUGCGAGUUGCGACCAGCCUGAGGCUGCUUCGCCUUUGAGAAGCUCGCUGGUCAGCCAAUCUUCGACCCAAGCGAGCAUCGAUCAAUUUUCCCCGCAGCAGCUCGCCAUCAACGCGUCGACGAUCUCCUCCACAGCCGCUGCCUUCCUCGCACCCCUCGCGCUCCUGGCGGCGCCAGCGGUGGCGGCGGAGUCGGUGGGACAGACGGACGAGGAGUUCGUGGAGUCCCUGAUCUACUGGGGCAUCACUGCCGUUAUCUACCUCUUCGUUGCACCCCCACUGGUGUACGGGUAUCUGCGCCUGCGGUGGUUCAACCGCUCCACCAUUGAGACGUUCUUCCAGUAUUACCUCAUGUUCGCCUUCUUCCCCGCCAUGCUGCUGUGGUCGCCAUUCAUCAACUUUAGGCGCCUCCCCCGCAAGGAGCUCUGA